AUGUUUGACAACUUCUUCUUGAAUCGCAGUGCUGAAGAGCUGACGAUUGGGCGCGCUCUGCGCUACACCCUCUUCUGGAUCUCCACAGCAUUUGCUUUCUGUGGCUGGAUUUGGUACACAUAUGGACGCAGCAGCGCUUUCAUGUGGAUGAGCGGAUACAUGUUGGAGUGGCUGCUGUCCUUCGACAACCUGUUCGUGUUCCACCUCAUUUUCAACCUCUACGGCACGCCUGACCAUUUGAAACACCGCCCGCUCUACAUAGGGAUUUGCGGCGCAGUGGCGUUCCGCCUGCUGUUCAUCUUCGUUGGCGAGUACAUGAUGCACGCCAUGGUCUUCAUGCACUUUGUCUUCGGAGCCUUCUUAGUCUACACCGGCAUCAAGACUCUGGCUGCCGAUGAGGAGGACGAGGAUCCUUCUCAGAACCCGAUGGUGAAGUGGCUGCAGGAGAAGGUGCCAUUCGUGAAUGUUUAUGACAACAGCGGCGCGUUCUUUGUGAAAGUGCCGGUCGACGUGAAUGGAAGUCCUGCCACAGAGGACAACAAAGAGUGGAUUGCGCCCAGGGAUGCGGAGUGUGCCAAGAUCAGUGACGGUAACAGCGAGGCCGGCUACGGCACGGUGGACUUUGCAACCAUGAAGAAUACCACAGUGGAGACCGCAACCAGGCAUCGCUGGGAGUUUCGUGCCACCAUGCUUUUCCUGGUCGUUUGCUGCUUGGAGAUCAGUGACCUGAUCUUCGCCGUGGACUCUGUCAGCGCGAUCGUGGCGCAGGUGAACGACCUCUUCCUUGCGUACUCUUCGGCUGUCUUCGCAAUGUUGGGCUUGCGAGCAACCUUCUUCAUCAUUGAUGUGCUGGUCCACAUGUUUGAGUUCCUGAAGUAUGGUGUGGCCGCCGUUCUGAUCUUCAUCGGGGUGAAACUCAUCUUGGCCCAUCACUACACCAUCGAACCA